UUAGCGCAAGAACACGUUCUGUUUGAACGGCCCCUAAAUCAUGCGUAAAACGCAUACCAAUGGAUACGUAUUCGACUCGUCCUGGAAAUGUCGGGGACACGCUGAUUUAUUGUUCCAAAUCGUUUUUGAAAGUGUGUAACUGCUUUAGGAGAUAUUCCGCAUUUAGAACAUACUUGAUUAUAGCUAUUGUGUGCUUUGUGUAUUUGUUUUUUACUGUGCAUGUUAGUCACGCGUCUACGCACCAAGACAAACGUCCCAAUCUCUGGAGAUCUCAGAGUAAAACUGACCAGGACCCAGUUGAUGGAGUCAGGGAUAGGGAGGAAAAUGAAUCUUUUAUCCCAACUAGGUCUAAUGUGGUGUAUAUAACGCUCAAAUCUAAGCGGCACAAGCCUGCCGUCAUCAGAGGCACAGUGCGACCCAAACUCCGGAGAAAGAAAGUUAAAGUCAGAAAUCAGGGCGCACAGGAUGGCACACAGGACGAAGCGAACAAGGUUGACUGGCACAAAAAUGCAAACAUCAGUGAAAAAUCAGGGAAACGAUUUGGAUAUUCGGAGCAAUUCUUUAGUAAAAUUGACCGGUUUGGUGGCAGUGAUUAUUCAGCCAUCAGGAUAUACAGUCAAAGAGCUCCUCCAUGGUUCAGCAAUGAUGACAUCGCGGUCAUGCGCUUUCUUGCCGACAGUAAAAUCACGCAUAUCGAAGAAGUGACAAAUCGGGGGUUUUCUUCUUUAAUUUUAUUUAAAAGUGUGACAAAUUACACGAACAAUGCUGAUGGGUGUCACAAAUGUUGCGGUGUUGUCAAACCACCCUUGGACAUGAGUGAGGUUUUCGCCUAUCAUCUGGACAGGGUCUUGGGACUUAACAGAACUUUGCCAACUGUCAGCAGAAGAUUCCACUCUCUUGGAGAUGGUCAGCUUUGUCCAGUAGUUUUGUGGGAUUCUUCUAUAAGCCCUGUUGUUGAUCCAGAUCAACCCUCUGAAAGAUUGACCUGGGGCUCAUACCAAGCCUCUCUUAAGUACAAGUGCUGGCAUCGGGGUGUCAUCCCUAAACCAGAAUGGAGCUGCACCAGCAUCCACCACCAUGAAUGGAGCAAGUUGGUAGUCUUUGAUUUCCUUCUGCAGAUUUAUGAACGACUGGAUAUAAAAUGCUGUGGAUUCAAGCCCCGCCCAGAGGACACCUGUGUUGAGCUUGGUCACCAUGGAGAAUGUAGAGACAAGGACAGCACAGAGCUCACCCAUAUAGUCCAUUGCAGGCGUGACCUACACCACCUAGUUUUCUUUAACAACAAAGGGUACUUUGACCGGGAUGAGGAAAAUCUGGACUUCAGACUACUAGAGGGGAUUAAAGAGCUACCAGACCAGUCAGUAUCUGUGUUGAGAUCUCAGCGUCUCAGGGAAAAGCUUUUGCAAUCGCUGUUCCUAGAUCAGCAGUACUGGGAGAGUCAGGGUGGCCGUCAAGGCAUUGAAAAACUAAUUGAUGUUAUUGAGGGAAGAGCCAAAGUCUUGCUCACUUACAUCAAUGCCCAUGGGAUUAAAGUGGUACCUAUGGACUCUUGACAGAUGAAGCUUCAGAUUACAAGAUUUCUGUCUACACUGUAAGGUGACCCACCAUCAUGUUGGUGUCCAAUGAAUGCUGAUGUUUUCAUCUGUUUGGUAUGCCAGUGUAGACCUGUUGUAAAAUAGGCCGAGUACAAAGUUGAAAAAUUUGAAAUAACAUAGAAAAGGUUAGAAAACCAUUUUUUAUCACACUAAAAUUAUGUUAACACACAAUGUUUAUGUCCUGUGGCUAUACUUUUGAAACAGUGAGUAUUUAAAGAAAAGAAGGGAUGAGUCAAAAUACAUUUUUGUGAUAAUCAUCAUUAUGCCACAAAUGCUGUCAAUUUAGCUUAACUAAAAAAAAUGUUGUAUAGAUCACUUUAAGCACAGUGCAGACCAUACAUGGUUCUCUUAAAUGCUAUUCCAGAAUUUAGGGCACCACUGACAUUCCACAAGUUAAAGGUGCUGUAGGCGAUGUUUCCCAAGUGAGCCUCCACCAGAUUUAGUACUCCUUUAAUUGCACCCUGUCAGCAAACCUGAUGAAAGCAAACCUAAAUGCUCAAAUUGUCUGACAGGAAGAGAGCUCCUCCAAGCCUUCUUAUUGGCUAAACAAUAGCAGUCAGAUUCUGUGUUGCUGUCUGCAGAGGAGUUGUCACUGAGAUAGGUGUUGUUUCUCAGGACACCUGCAGGUAUUUCAGAGAUACUUCUUAGGGAGAAGGAACAUUUGCAGUGGUAUUCCAUUAAAACUCACCUAUGAAACUUUUAAUUCCACUUUAUAAUCAAUGCAUGUUCCUUUCGGUAUUCAGCAAUUCUGCUUUUAAAUAUUGUUCCUGCUAUAAUCAGUGUAUAUUAUCUGCUGCAAUAGAGAUGUUUCAUGCUGACAGUUCCAAAGUAUCACCAGUGUAGUAUUAAAUCAACCUGGUAAUGUUGCACUUGUGUAAGAGUUUAUUAUCCUCAAGAUGGAAAAUAAGUAUUAUUAAUAUGAAUGACAGUAUUUAGUGUGCUCUCAGAAGUUUUUAUUUUUUUGUAUAAUGUUAUUUGCUUUUGUAAAAACAGACAUCAAUAAACAAUGUUCCAUAUUAAGCAUUACAAAAUUUGAUGGUAUU